GCUUAUGCUAUUGCGAGUCAAAUGGAUAUUUUUUAUAGAAGCAUUGUCUCCAUUUAUCUUGACAAUAAUAUUUUAUCCCAUCAUACUUAAAGAUCCAAAUCAUGCAAAAUUUCUGACAAAAGAAGAAGAUUCAAAUUCGAACUACACCAAAGAAAUUAAUAAAGAAACAAAUGUUCAGUGUUUCACUGAUUUUGCAAUUAGUGCACUUGCUAAUGCAGUGUUUUUAAAUUCAGUUCUACUUUUUGCUCCAAUAAUGAUAAGAGAAAUUGGUUAUGAUUCAGACAGAGUUCAAGCAUUUUCAGCUCCACCAUUUAUUAUUGCUAGCAUUGGUCAAUGA